AUGGCUGAAUAUGAUUUAACCGCAAAAUUAGGUCGUUAUUUCGAUCGUCAUCUCGUUUUUCCAUUAUUGGAAUUUUUAACUGAACGAAACAUCUUUGAUGAAAAGGAAAUUCUUCAAGCUAAAUAUGAUUUAUUACAACAUACAACUAUGGUUGAUUUUCAACUUGAUAUUUAUAAAAAACUUCAUGCUGAUGGAGAGGAACCAAAAGAAUUAAUUGAAAAACGUGAAGAAAUUGUAUCUCGUUUUACUGAACUUUCACAAGCUGUUCAACCAUUGCUUGAUGCUGUCGUUACUGAAGAUGCAGCUCGUCAUAUUGAACAUCAACGAAAUAGUGAUUCGAUGCUUGUAUUAAACUUCUUACAAAAAAACUUCGGUAUUGAACGAAGUAUGGUCGAUGCUCUUUAUACUUUUGCUCGUUAUGUUUAUGAUUGUGGUGAUUAUUCUCGAGCAGCUACAAAUUUAGGUCUCUAUCGUGCUCUUGUACCAACUACCGAUAAAAAUAUGAUGUCAUGUCUAUGGGGUAAAUUAGCAUCAGAAAUUUUAAUGCAACGUUGGGAUGAUGCAUAUGAUGAUUUAAAUCAAUUAAAAGAAGCAAUUGAAAUAAAUAAUUCUCGUUCACCAUUAGAUUUAUUACAUCAACGUACAUGGUUUAUUCAUUGGUCAUUAUUUGUUUAUUUUAAUCAUCCAAAAGGACGUGAUGAUCUUGUUCAAUUAUUUCUUGGUUCAGCAACAUCAACAACAAAUCAAACAAAUGCUUAUUUAAAUACAUUACAAACAGCAUCACCACAUUUAUUACGUUAUUUAGCUGCAGCUGUUAUUAUUAAUCCAAGAAAAAAAAAUGAAAGAACAUUAAAAGAACUUGUUAAAGUUAUUCAACAGGAAUCAUAUGCAUUUCGUGAUCCAAUAACUGAAUUUCUUGAAUGUCUUUAUGUUCAUUUUGAUUUUGAUGGUGCACAACAAAAAUUACGUGAUUGUACAGCUGUACUUAAUAAUGAUUUUUUUCUUAUUGGUUGUACUGAUGAAUUUAUGGAAAAUGCUCGUUUACUUAUAUUCGAAACAUUUUGUCGUAUACAUCAUUGUAUUACAAUUGAUAUGUUAGCAGAAAAAUUAAAUAUGGGUACAGAAGAAGCUGAACGAUGGAUUGUUAAUUUAAUACGUAAUGCAAGUUUAGAUGCAAAAAUCGAUUCACAAAAGGGCAUUGUUGUUAUGGGUUCACAAGCUUUAUCACCAUAUCAAACAGUUAUUGAAAAAACAAAGAAUUUAUUUAAUAGAACACAAUUAUUAGUACAAAAUAGUGAAAAAAAACGAGACACAAAUACUAAUUGGAGUAAUUAUCAAACACAACAGUCACAGACACAUAGUGGAAUUAUUCCAGUCAUUGAUUGA